AUGGCAGGGCAUGGCUGUCUGGGGCUGGGGCUGUUCUGCUGGGUCCUGCUUGCUGUUCCUGUGGGCCCCCAGCCUGCCUCCUCCGUCCCAGGUGCCCCUCUCACCACUCUGACCCCACCACCUCAGAGUGAGGACUCUAUGCUCUCUCUCAACUUGGGACUUAACUUCAAAUUCCAUCUUCGGCGACCUGCUGCUGUCUGGGGGAGCCCUGUCACAGAGACCCAGCCUCUCUCUCUUGCGCCAGGCCAGAAGCCAGGGGGAGAGGUGGUCAGUGGGCUGAGGGCUGACCCCUUUUGGGAACUGCUGGUGGGCUCCCCUGGGAACUCUCCCCCAGAGUGGGGCUCUGCUGAAGGCAGCUCUAUGCCCUGGGCGUCCUCCCUGCCUCCAGAGUCCACAUCCCCCCUCUCUGGGCCCACUGAUGGGCCCACUGCUCCCUAUCGGCCAAGGAUGGGCGCUGUGACCUGGGACACUGCUCUGAUGGCUACAGCACCUCCAUCCAGUGCUCCCAGGCCCCACCAGAGCGAGCUGGAGCUGAAGUUUGACAUGGCACUGAGAGCAGGAGCAGCCCCGACACUUGGGCAUCGGACACUGCCCCUGCUGCCCAGCCUGCGGGCCAGCCUGGCAGAGAUUGCUGGGCGCCUGGGACCCUUUGCAUUCUUUGGCACUACUCUGUCCCCACUCCGGAACUUCUCAGGCCUGAGUCCCCCAGGUGAAACUCCAUCCCCAAGCUCUGCCUCUGGAGUUUCAGGUUCUCCAGGGUUCUUUGGCACCACUCUGUCCCCACCCCCAAACCCCCUGGAGAGGAAGCUCUCCAGCCCAAGCCUGCUGGACCCAGCUGCUUCCCCAAGCUCUGCCUUGAUUGUAACAACAUCACUAGACCCCACCAUCCCCACCUCUGGCUCAGAUGACCCCUCUCCUGCCAGCCUUGGGAACCCUUCGGUGCAGCCAGAGUGUGGGCCCGAGUCCUGCAGCGUGGGAGGAUUGCCUGAACCUGAGGGACGGCCUCCUGCGGCCCCACUGCCCCUCUUCUUCCUGACCCUGGAGGCCGACUGGGAAGAGGCCAAGGCUCGCUGGGGGGUAGCCUGGGAGGCUCAUGUGUAUGGGGUAGGCGCGCUCUUCGGCCUGGUGGCCCUGUUGGCGCUGCUGGCCCUGGCCCUCUUGCCCUGGCGCUGCCCGCCCGGCGCCCCCUGUCUGGCGCUGCUGGACCUGCUGCUGCUCUCGGCUGGGACCACGCGGGCCUUCCCACUCUUCUACGACGCCUACGGGCACAGGGAGCGACUGCCCGCGCUCGCCUGGCUGCUGCUGCAGGACCUUCCGCUGCCCUGCCUGGCCGCCGGCCUGGGGCUGGCUUGCCUGCUGCUGGCCCGGCCGCGCCCGCCGCGGUGCCCCGCCGGCCUGGCCGCGCUGCUGCUCCUGGGGCUGGGGCUGGCGGCCGCCGCCGCCCUCGGCAGCGCCGCGCACCGCCCGCUGCGGCCUCUGCGGCUGGCCUCGCGCGGGCUGCACGCCUUCCUCGCCGCCCUUCUUUCGGGGCUCCUGCUGGCGCUCUCCUGCUGGGGGGGCCGGCGGCGGAGGGCCGGAGCGCCCCUGGGAGGGUCUGGCUUCAAGGGCGCCACCCCUCUGCCACAGGCGCGCAGCCCCUUCGCCCCGCGUGAGUCCUGGCGGCGCGCGGCGCGCACAGCCCCGGUGGCGGGCACUUUCGGGCUGCUGAGCGGAGCCCUGCAGGGCUACGAGGUGCUGCACGCCCUGGGCUAUGGUGGCCAACCUGGCCUAGAAGGGCCCUGGCCCUGGUGGGCGUUCCAGCUAGGCCUGCGCCUGGGCGAGGUGGGCGUCGCGCUCCCGCUGGCGCUGCUGGGCCUCUACCCCGCGCUCUGCAGUCCCCGCGUACCGCCGCGCUGCUGGGCCAAGCUCUUCCGCUUGUCCCCGGGUCACGCGGCCCCGCUGCUGCCCGGAGGCUGGGUCGCCGGGGCCGCAAACAAGGAAACCCUGCCUAGUGCCAUCGUGCGUGGCGACGCAGAGCUGUUGCAGCUGUGCGCCCUGGCAGGGCCAGGCCCGGACCUUCUACUCCAGGGCUGCAGGGGCUUCGAAAGCGCCUCGGCCAACCCGGCCCCUUCUCCGGCCUCCUCCCCCUGCAGCGAUUACACCGUGGACUUCCGCCCGCCCUCUCCAAUCAACCUGCGUCGCAGCAUCGAGGAGGCCCUCUGCAGCGAGUCCCUGCUGGCGCCCGGCCUCUUCCAGGGCCCUGCCUUCGAGGACUCCCUGCCUGGGCUUGGCCUCUACCGCACUGCCUCGCUGGGGACGAAGACCGGGCCCGGGCCCAGUGAGAGGUUGGAGGAGGCCCCUGGCUCCCCUGCGCCCCUGGAGCUCCCCUCCCCAGGGGCUUGGCCCGCAGGCAGCAGUGCCUCCUCCGGAUCACUGUGCGGACUCUCGAGGGACAGCUCGUCCAUGCUGCUAUGCUCCAGCCCCGAUAGGCCCCCGCGCUGCCCUCUGGUCUGCGUCCUCAGUCCCCCUCGGCCCUCAGGAAGCAGCCCCAGCCUCCCGGCCUCAGGAUCCUACCAGGCCCUGUCCCCACCCUCCCGCGACUCCCCAGAGCCUGCUCCUGAGCUGCAGGCCGAAGAGGCCUUGCUGCAGGAGCAAUUUCUGGACGCCUGCCGACAGAUCGACGAGCUGAGUGUGGGCAGCGACACCAUAGACCUGUGAAGAGGCAGCCAACUUGCUGCCACGGGCCAUGUGCCCCUUUCUGGCGCCUGUUCUGCCCCAGACCUGCACACUGUAACUGUUCCCCAAUCCUGCCUGGCUCAGAUACCUCUCCCCAUUCCUUCCCCA